ACAAAACACCAAGUCUGUAAACAUCCGCCCGCAAUUUGGAUGAUUAGGAGACAAUUGACAUCCCCAUUCUUCUCUCACCGUCGUUCUCUUAUACAAUUCCCACGGUUCAUAAGCAUACCAUACCGCAGAAUGGCUGGUGUCCCCUCCACUUUCGAUGCUCCGGUGCACAUUGCCGUCAUAGGCGGCACAGGCAUCCAAUCACUACCAGGCUUCACGCUCGCUGCCACCCUAGACGUCGAUACCCCAUGGGGAAAACCAUCGUCACCCAUCUCUAUCCUCCAGCAUCCAUCGCCGACAACUGGAAAGCCCAUUCCCGUAGCUUUUCUAUCGCGACAUGGUCUCCACCACGAGCUCGCACCCCACGAGGUCAAGAACCGCGCCAACAUCGCAGCCUUACGUCACAUUGGUGUACGCACCAUCAUCGCCUUCUCCGCCGUUGGAUCUCUGCAGGAAGAGAUCCGCCCACGCGACUUUGUCAUCCCAGACCAGAUAAUCGACCGCACUAAGGGCAUCCGGCCUUUCACUUUCUUCGAAGGCGGCAUGGUCGGCCAUGUAGGCUUCGGUGACCCGUUCGAUACUAAGCUGUCUAAGAUAGUGAGCCGGUGUGGAAAGUCUCUCCAAGGGGAGGGUGUGACAUUGCACGAUAAGGGAACAUUGAUCUGCAUGGAGGGACCUCAAUUUUCCACGCGCGCAGAGUCGAAUCUGUACCGCUCGUGGGGUGGUUCAGUCAUCAACAUGUCGGCUCUUCCCGAGGCAAAGCUUGCGCGUGAAGCCGAGAUCGGAUAUCAGAUGAUCUGCAUGGCAACCGACUAUGACUGCUGGCGCGGCGGUCCGGAUGAGGAUGUCAACGUUGAGAUGGUCAUGGCGCAUAUGAAGGCCAACUCAGAGAACGCUCGACGCUUUGUGGGCGCGGUUCUCGAUGAGUUGAGCAACGAGGAGCACAGCGAGCAGGUUUUGGCGAAGCAUUUGGAGGGUCAAACGAGAUUUGCCGGUGCCAUGACACACAAGGAGGCUAGGGGUGAGGUUGAGAAGAAGCUGCAAUGGCUCUUCCCUGGGUAUUUCGAUUAA